GUCCAUUGUCAAUGUUACCGAUAAGAUUGGUUACACAGGAUCCAUUUGAAUAUAUGCACCUGGUGUGCCUUGGAGUAAUGAAGAAAUUGUUAGUGAAUGCAUGGGUACAUGGGAAAUACUCAAAGUUUUCGAAAUUAUCUGCAAAAUCUAUUUCUAUUAUAUCUGCACGAAUGAAAAUACUUAGAGCAUAUUGUCCAUCUGAUUUUGCACAACUUAGAUCACUUGAUGCAUGCACUAAAUAUAAAGCGACAGAAUUUCGACAAUUCUUUCUUUAUACAGGUCCUAUUGUUACAUACGAUAUUCUUAAUCAGCAAGUGUACACAUACUUUUUAUUGCUUCAUGCAGCAAUAAGGAUUUUAGUUUCAACGUCAUCGUCAAAAAUAUACCUGAAUUUUGUAGAAGUAGCGUUGCAAAAGUUUGUUGAGAGAUGUGAAAAUAUGUACGGUUCAACAUUCAAUUCCUGCAAUAUUCACGGUCUCCUUCAUAUUGCAAAUGAUGUGCGGCAACUAGCAAAUUUCAAAUAGAAUGGCAGAGAUAGAAGCAAAUACAGCAACUGAUUAUUUGAGCACGGA